AUGGAUCAGUUGUCUCCUGAAAUCCGAGCACUCUAUGAAAAAAGACUUUGGCAUGAACUUACAGAAAAACUUAUGACCUUAGAUGGCACAACGAUAAGCAAUAUUUGGCCUCAGAUUUGUCAAUUUUCUGAAAGACUGAAUCAGGUUAAGCUUGUCCUCCUUGCAAUAAAAGCAUCAGACUGGCAAGAUCCAUCUACAGCCCGAGUAUUUUUGGAAAGUGUUCAAGCUACAGAUAUCCAAUCAGGACUUCUAUUAAGAAUAGCUAUCGGAAGCCAGUCAUUAAAGCAAGGAAACAUAUCUGAGGCCGCCCAGAUGCUAGAAACAGCUCAAAAAGAAGCAGAAGUGCUUUCAGAUCUUGACAGCGUUUUAUAUUCUCAUUUAUAUGGAGCCUUGGCUGCUAUUCAUAAAGUAAAAAAUAACCCUGAGCUUUUCUAUCGGUAUAGUUUGCAAUACCUUGCGUAUACUGCUUCAGAAGACGUAAAAGAUAAAGAAAAUUUAGCAUUCCAGCUUGCAGUAGCAGUUCUAGUCUCUGAAAAGAUAUACAACUUAGGAGAACUUAUGCAGCAGCCUCUGUUUAAGUCAUUAGAAGGAAGCAAACAUCAUUGGAUUUAUGAGCUUUUACACUUAUGUGACCAAGGCAAUGUGAGAGAAAUCGAAGCAAGGUUUGAAGGGUUCCCUCAGGAAUUAAAGACACCUGAGUUAAUUCGGAAAGUUAGGAUUUUGGCAAUGAUGGAAUAUAUUUUCAAGAACGAUAAGUGGCAGCUUGAGUUUGGAGAGCUUGCGAAUGUUAUGGAUGUCCCUGAAAGUAGCAUUGAAUGGCUGCUUAUGAAAGCCAUGGCGUUGGAGCUGAUAAAAGGAGAAAUUGAUGAAGUCAACAAAACUGUGAGAAUAACUUGGCUGCAGCCCAGAGUUUUGGAUACAUCAAGGAUACACUUGAUACAGAAUAGACUUGGAGAAUGGAAAACAACUGUUAAUGAAGUCUUGAAGCAUUUAGAAGACCAGUCUAAAGAGCUCUUAGAAUAA